AUGGGAAACCUCGGCAUGAUCUCCAUAAUUAGGCUAAAUCCUCACCUUCACACCCCCAUGUACUACCUCCUCAGCAGUCUGUCGUUUUUAGAUUUUUGCUAUUCCUCUGUCAUUACCCCCCAAAUGCUGGCAGGAUUUUUAUGCAGAGAUAAAUCUAUCUCUUAUUCUGGAUGCAUGACUCAGCUGUUUUUUUUCUGUGUUUUUGUCAUUUCUGAGUGCUACAUGUUGGCAGCCAUGGCUUAUGAUCGCUAUGUGGCCAUCUGCAGCCCAUUGCUCUACAAUGUCAUCAUGUCCCCCAGGGUCUGUUCCCUGCUGGUGGCUGCUGUCUUCUCAGUAGGUUUCACCGAUGCUGUGAUUCAUGUAGGUUGUAUAUUAAGGUUGUCUUUCUGUGGAUCGAACAUCAUUAAACAUUACUUCUGUGACAUCGUCCCUCUUAUUAAACUUUCCUGUUCCAGCACUUACAUUGAUGAGCUUUUGAUUUUUGUCAUUGGUGGAUUUAACAUGGUAGCCACCAGCCUAACAGUCAUCAUUUCAUAUGCUUUUAUCCUCACCAGUAUCCUCCGCAUCCACUCUAAAGAGGGCAGGUCCAAAGCCUUUAGCACCUGCAGGUCUCACCUGACAGCUGUUUUUAUAUUUUACGGAUCUCUAAUGUCCAUGUAUCUCAAACCUGCUUCCAGAAGUUCACUUACUCAGGAGAAAGUGUCCUCAGUAUUUUACACCACUGCAAUUCCCAUGUUGAAUCCCCUAAUAUACAGUCUGAGGAACAAGGAAGUGAAAAAUGCAAUGGUGAAACUUUUAAGAAGAAAAAUAUCUCCAUAA